UUUAAGUUACCAUAGCAGAAGAUGGCGUUGCCUCACAUUGAUCAUACAAGAUAACCGUCAAACUGCUGGCCACACGGCAUGGACUCCUCCAGUGAAUCUGACACCUAUGACAGACCCACGGGGCAUCGAUGGCGGGUCAGAAAGCGCCGAACGAGGCCUGACAGCAGGUUUCCCAGGGAUACUCGUGUAUCAGACAUUUCAGACAAAAUUGACUCUUUAGCAAACACUCUACAAGAUACAAGUCGAAAUUUAAACAAAGUAGAUCGGAUGUUGGUAGAGUAUAAGGAACACACAGAUGACCAAGCUGAAGCCAUGGCGACACUGAGAGAGCGCUUAGAGGAGUCCAGCCAGCAUCUGCAGGCACCGCAGCUGAGAAAAUCCACUGGUGGGUGGAGCGCCUCCCUCUCCACGCAGCACACCUGUGACCUGGAGGAUGGCGACGCCACAGGCUGCACCCUCCCGAGUUCGCAUUUGUCAACCGCAUACAUCAUUGCAGCUGCCUCAUUUCAGAAAAGUGACCGUUACAUUCCAAA